AUGGCUAAAAAAGAAGCAGCAACUAAAAGCUCCUCAUCCGGAGGUAAAAAUAAAAAAAAGAAAUGGUCUAAAGGAAAAGUUAAAGAUAAAGCAAACAACGCAGUAGUGUUGGAUAAAGCUACGUACGAUAAAUUAUUCAAAGAAGUACCGGCAUAUAAAUUAAUUACACCUUCUGUAUUAGUUGACCGUCUUCAUGUCAAUGGAUCUCUUGCAAGAGUUGCAAUUCGUGAAUUGGCAGAAAAAGGACUAAUUCGUAAGAUUUCCACUCAUGGGUCUCAACUUAUCUACAUCGAAGAGGAUGCCAACGACCGUGAAUUCAUGAAAGAACUGAGAUUAGAUGGUGACGAUGUGGAAUAUCAAAUCUCGAUUCUUUUGGCCCAGAAGAUUUCCGGUUGUCGUUCAACAAAAAGUAUUUCUGGUUCAUCUGAAAAAUCAACUAAUACUACUUCUAAACGGCCACAGACUUCAGCUUCGGUGCGUGGUAAUGUUCGUGGAGAAUCCCGAGUUGCCAGUGAAGUUGGAAUGUGUUUUAUAGAUUUAAAAACCAGUGAAUGCAUUUUAUCACAGAUAUUGUUAUCAGUUACAGCUGUUGAACCCUCCAAAUCAAAACUAUGUAAAAUACUUGAAGAUAAUAUACCAUCGGCUAUCAUUGUUCCAAUUGCAAGAAAAUAUUUUAACGAUGCUGUUGGUGUCUUGAAUCGUACAGUGACACCUAUGGGUGGUCGUCUUCUUCGUACCAACAUUUUACAACCUUUGACUGAUUCUGUGGAAGAACUUAUAAGUAGUGAGGAAACAUUUUUCUCAAUUCAAUCAGGUGUUUAUGGUGCACUCAAACCUUUUCAAGAUAUUGACCAUUUGAUUACUGCGUUGAUUCAAAUUCCAAGAAAACCUAAUGUAAAAAGUGCAGAACAAAAUAUCAAUAAUGUGAUUCUACUGAAACAUACAUUGACAUUGAUUAAAUCGCUAAAAAAUGCAAUGAUUGGUAUUAAAAAUUCUUUGCUUGACACAAUUUAUCAGCUCUUAAACGAUCCAGAAUUACAAAUACUAGAAGGAAAGAUUCAUCAAGUUAUAAAUGAAGAUGUUACUUAUCAAAAAAGUGCACUUGGUAUUCGAAAUCAACGUUGUUACGCUGUUAAGGUGAUUAAUGUUGCACGACAAACAUAUAAAGAAAUGGUUGAUGAUACAUUUGAAAUGAUUGAAAAAUAUAGCGAAAAAAAUGAGAUCCAUUUGAAACCUCAAUUCAGUGUAUCAACUGGAUAUUAUUUAUCAACAAAUAUAGAGCAUUUAGGUGAUCGUCAACUUCCUCUUGUGUUCAUUAACGUUAGCAAGAAAAAAAAUUUGUUAACUUUUACAACUUUGGAAUUGAUUAAAAAAAAUACAAAAAUUAAUGAAUCUUUAACUGAAGUUUAUCUAAUGUCUGACAAAAUAAUUGAAGAUUUAAUAUUUGAAAUUCGUGGCACAAUCGGUGUACUUUAUAAAGCAUCUGAAUCUGUAGCCAUGUUGGAUAUGUUGACAUCUUUUGCUCAUCAAUGCACCAUCUCAAAUUAUGUUCGUCCAGAAUUCACAGAUACAUUGGCAAUAAAAUCUGGUCGACAUCCUAUGCGAGAAUGUUUAUUUGUUGUGGAUCCAUUUAUUCCAAAUGAUACCUUUGCAAGUAACGCAACUAAUUUUCAAAUAAUUACAGGGCCAAACAUGAGUGGAAAAAGCACUUAUUUGAAGCAAAUUGCUUUGAUGAGUAUCAUGUCACAAAUUGGAUCCUUAGUCCCAGCAGAAUAUGCAUCAUUUAGAAUUGUUGACCAAAUAUUUACAAGGAUUUGCAAUGACAAUAAUAUGGAAAGUAAUACAAGUACAUUUAUCAUAGAAAUGCGAGAAACUGCAUAUAUUUUACAACAUGUGACAGAUGAAAGUUUAGUGAUAAUUGACGAACUUGGAAGAGGAACAUCUACACACGAUGGAUUAGGCAUAACAUAUGCCGUAUGUGAAGAAUUAGUAAAGACGAAGGCAUUCAUAUUCUUCGCAACACAUUUUCAUGAACUUACAAGAAGAUUAAGGUUUGGACAAUUAAUUGGUUUACCAGAUGAUGUUAUACAAAAGGCAACUGAAGUUUCUCAUAAAUUAAAAGAAUUGAUUGAUGCCAAUAAAGAAAAAUCAUCCUCAAAUAAAAUUACCAAGAGAAGACAAUUAUUAUUGCAGUUAACUGAACAUCUGCUGCAAAUAAAAAGAUCGUCAAAUCUGGAUAAAGAUAGUUUAAGAAGGUAUCUUAAAAUGGUUCAAGAAGGAUUUAUCACAAAGAUGGAAGAGUUGAUGUGA